AUCACCUCAUGCAACAACAGUAAGCAGUUUCUAAAGUUACAGUGGUGAGACAGGGAUUUCUUUACUAUCUAAAGUUUUUCUCUCUAAUAAAACAUCUGAAACUCAGGACAUCUUUCGAAAUCUCUUGCUGAAACAUGUUGGAAGAUGGCGGAUCUUGUUUUCACCCAGAAGAUACUUUUUCCUUCCUCAUUUUGAAUUGAUUGUCAACAGAUGUGGCAGCCACACGCUUUGGUUGGGUUGGCUCUUAAAGUCACUGGUGAAAGACAGAGAUGAAUCCCCUCCACACUGGCACUUGGCAAAACAGCGCCGCAUCUUUCUGGCUUCUGAAAUUCGGUUUGGUUUGGCUCCUCGGUCAGAAGUGCUGCACAGCAAGUGCCGUUUGGACUGCUUACAUGAACAUCUCAUUUCACGUGGGGAACCGCAUGUUGUCAGAGCUAGGGGAGACCGGGGUCUUCGGAAGAAGUUCCAACUUGAAGAAAGUAGCAGGAGUCGUUGUGCCACCAGAGGGAAAAACUCAGAAUGCUUGUGAUCCCAAUACCGGUUUCAUCCGGCCGCAGAACAACAAGCCCUGGAUUGCACUCAUUGAACGAGGAGGUUGCACUUUCACACAGAAAAUAAAGGUGGCUUCUGAGAAUGGAGCCAAAGGAGUGAUAAUCUAUAACUUUCCAGGUACUGGCAACCAGGUUUUCCCCAUGUCUCACCAGGCAUUUGAAGACACCAUCGUAGUUAUGAUUGGUAACUUAAAAGGCAUGGAAAUUCUGCAUUUAAUCCGGAAGGGGGUUCUCGUUACCGUCGUGGUUGAGGUGGGGAGAAAGCAUAUUAUCUGGCUGAAUCACUAUUUUGUCUCCUUUAUGAUCGUCACAACCGCUACUUUAGCAUAUUUCGCCUUUUAUCAUAUUCGGAGACUCUGGGUUGCAAGGAUUGAGACCAGGAGAUGGAAGCGGUUAACAAGAGAGCUCAAGAAAGCUUUUGGCCAGCUGCAAGUUCGGGUAUUAAAAGAGGGCGAUGAGGAAGUAAAUCCGAACGCGGAUAGCUGCGUCAUCUGCUUUGAACACUAUAAGCCUAAUGAUACAGUUCGUUUUCUCACGUGUAAACAUUUUUUCCACAAGAAUUGCAUCGACCCCUGGAUCCUAGCCCAUGGCACGUGCCCCAUGUGCAAAUGUGACAUUCUGAAAGCUCUGGGGAUUCAAAUGGACAUUGAGGAUGGAACAGACUCUCUGCAAGUUCUGAUGGCAAGUGAGCUGCCUGAAACCUUUUCACCCCUGGAAGAAGAGACAAAUAAUGAACUUCCUCCUGCAGGAACUUCAGGAAAAGUGACCCAUGUCCAGGAGCACCCUACUUCUGCAAACUCUGAUAGCCAGCCUCCUGCAGCAGAGGAAACUGCCCAUCCUUCACUUGGACAGCAUAACCUUUGAGCAAGUGGAUUAAACAAACCUGUUUGUCAAAUCAGAUCCUCAUACUGACAAGCAGUUUGCUUGAA